CAAUGUCAGUAGGUUAUUUGUUCCUGUUGUGAAGAUUUUUGCGUAUUCUGUGUCUUCAAUUUGUGAAAAUUAUAUUUAUUCGAAAUGUCCAACAUAUUUAAAAGGAGACUACAAGCUCUCAACUACGUAGAAUGGGAUAAAGUUAAUGUAAAUGAUACACAGCAUUUUCGUAAAGUAGCACUUUGGUUAGAGGAUCAAAAAAUACGUCGAUAUGAUAUACAAGAUAGACAACCACUACGUGAUUUAUGUAGUGACAAUUGGCUUCAAACGUUUGCUAAAUAUUGCAAGGAUCUUAAAUGUCCAAUUUCAGGUAACACUAUGGAUCAACUUGAGUGGCUAAUUGGACAUGCAAUUUGGUUGGAAACUAAAAGUAAUGCUGAUGAAAUAGAUGAACUAGAUUUGAGAAAAAUCAAACUGAAAAGGGAACAAGGAACAUUGGUACCUUGCCUUAUAUUCAAGAAUCCACUGGAUAAUUUAGACUUUGACAGUGAUCAGUUUAAAAAUGGAAUCUAUUCUGUGGCAAAGCUACUUCGCAUUCCGCGACACCCGAAUCAUUUAGUCACAUUGAAAGCCUGCAGUAUACUGGUACAAAGAAGAUUAAAUAAAGCAUCUCUGCAAAAUCCAAAUUCUAAAAUUAUUCGAGGCAAACCGUUCCCAGUGAUGAACAUCCAUCCUGGUUUUCAAUUCAAAAAACCUGCAGUGGAGAAUGCAGCUAAAAUUCUUGCUCUUCUGUACAUUCAAGACAUUAGGAACCUUCAGACGAGAAUUAACGAAGUGAUUGUUUGUAUGCAGGGUUUUACAGCUAAUCCGAAGACAGAUACCAAGUUAGGAAACAUUGGAAGAACGUAA